AUGGCGAAAUCAAUGAAGGCUGCCAGAUACGACCCUCGCACAGUCACCAUCAGACUGCAGGAGAUCCCCGUCCCCAGUCCCAAACAGGACGAGAUAUUAGUCCGAACAAUCUCAUCGGGACUCUGCCAUUCAGACUUGAUGGUCUUGGACGGUUCCACGCCGAUUGUCCCGACAGAGACAGUCACUAUAGGGCAUGAGGCAGUGGGCGAGAUUAUCGGGCUCGGCCAAAGUGUGUCUGGUUUUUCCAAGGGUGAUGUCAUUGGGUUCCUGAACGCAUACCAUGCAUGUUGGAGUUGCAAUGGAUGCCAAAAUCACUAUGCAUUCUGCGAGUCCAAAGACUUCAUUAUGCAGGGCUGGGGGAUGGAUGGGUUCUUACAGGAAUACUGCAUCGUUGACCAUCGCUCAGCGAUAAAAUUGCCACGUGGGAUGGACCCCCAAAAAGCUGCACCAUUGUUCUGUGCUGGAAUUACAGCGUACAACGCCGUCCGCCGGCCAGGUCUGCAGGAUGGCCAAUGGCUGGCAGUGGUGGGUUGCGGUGGUCUUGGUCAGAUGGCCGUCAGAUACGCCAAAGCCUUGAACUUACGGGUUAUUGCCAUCGACAUUGACGACAACAUCUUGAGCAACGCUAAAGCUGCUGGGGUCCAGCAUAUAUUCAACAGCAAAACCACCCCAGAUUUCGUGGACCAGAUUCGGCGACUUACGUCGGGAGGGGUAGAUGCUGCUGCAGUGUUCACUGCUGUCAAGGCAGGAUAUGACAUCGCCCCAAAGACUAUCAAGACUGGUGGGAAACUGGUUGUUGUUGGGUGCCCUGCAGAAAUCAGUUUCAAUGCCGUUGAGGUGGCGUUAGGAAGAUAUCAAAUUCUCGGCGCCAACAAUCACGCAACAAUGGACGAACUUCGACUAUGUGCGGAGUUUACGCUGAAGCAUGGCAUCGAAUCACCAAGUCAAGCCUUCAAGAUUGACCAAGUGGAAGAGAUGGUAGCGUUGAUGGAGGCCGGGAAUCUAGGAGGGAAGCGACUCAUCGUUGUGUACUGA